AUGUACAAGAGUUCAAAAGCCUCCAUAAUUAUUGACUGCGAAGACAAGACUUUGCUUCCAGAAUUAGAAGAUCGGCCAUUGUCAUCUCCUGAGGAAGACUUUACACCCCACAUUUGUCAUUUGUGUUGCUGCCCUGAGGUCCAAAAUGAAUAUCCAUCAUGUUCCAGGACCGAUGAAAAUCUCUGCCAGAGGAAGACUCCAGUUCCUUCAACCUGGGCCCCUGAAGCGUGGCUGUGUGUGCGUGUGGCUGUGUGUGCGUGUGACUGUGUGUGCGUGUGA